AUGGCGACGACAACAGUCAUCGAGUUGGAAACCCUCGUAGUCGACUCCGCCACAACCAAUGCUACUCGUCUCGUUUCCACUCCGUCUCGAGAAAGUCCUACACGCCCAACGGCUCUUUCCAAGAGCCGAGCUGUCAUCGUGAUAGGCCAAUUAAUUGGACUGCAGCUUUUCACAAGCUUCUGUAAUGGCAUCGUCGUGCUAACGUCUAUAUUUUACCUUACCGCCGGGUCGUGUUUGAUGUUGGCUAGAUUAAUUGCCAAUGUCGUAAGCAUAAGGCCUGUGGUGCUUGCGGCAAACAUCCUCCUAGUCGCAAGUGCUCUUAGCUGCGGCCUAGCACAGACUAGAGGUGAACUUAUUGCUUUUUGUGGCCUACAAGGCGUUACUAGCGCUAUGGCUGUCCUAGCGUCUGUUUUAAUUAUUUUAACAAGCGUUGAGAUUAGAUGGCUACGUAAUCUUGGAUUUGCAUGUCUAGGAUUUUUAGGUCCGCUUAGGUUCUUGAUUGGCUUGGUUCUUGGUGGCGUGUUCGUGGACAGCGUCGGAUGGCGGCCAGCAUUCUAUCUCGCUGCGGCUGCUAGUUUUGUCUUGUGCGUCAUUGGGGUUUGGGUGUUGCCUCGGGAUGCUCGACCAAAAUCUAGACGUACGAUUGGGAAACAGUUAGCUUUUGAAACUGAUUGGGUCGGGACAGUAAUCUCGAGCACAGGGCUAGCAACGUUGUCGUAUGCAUUGGCAAUGUUGUCAUCUGACAUCAACAACAUUCGGCGGGCAUCCAAUAUCUCACUAUUGGUCAUCGGUGUUGUUUCGGUCCCAGCAUUUGUCUGGUGGAUGAACUACCAGCGUAACUCUAAUUUUACAAGCAUUUGUGUCAUGAUACUGCUUACGAGUGCGGUCAGCAACAGUAUAGAGCUAUUCAGCAGUUUGUUCUUUCAACAAGUCCAGGGCAACUCUGCGCUCGGAGCCUCACUGCGCAUCCUCCCUGCACUUGUUAUGGCCGUCCUGACCAAUAUCUCGAUGGGUUAUUUUGUCAAUCGCUUGCCGGUCAUGUGGGUCGUGCUGAUCUCCUCGGCAUUGUCCGCUAUUUCACCUCUACUCAUGGCCGUCGUCGAUCCUGAAUGGCCAUAUUGGUACAUGGCAUUUAUUGCACAGAUUCUCCAGCCUUUGAGUCCAGAUGUUCUUUUCACCGUUGGCCUGCUCGUUAUCUCCGCCGUCUUUCCCCCGCACACCCAGGCCCUGGGUGGGGCAGUGUUCAACACCUGUGUACAGCUUGGCACGUCAAUCGGCUUGACGGUUACGUCGGUUAUUGCUGACUCCAGAACAGCCGCUUCUGGUGACGUUGAUAAGAUGUCUCCUAGUGCCCUUAUGGCUGGGUAUCGCGCAGUUUUCUGGGCCUUGUUUGCAUGGAUGGUAUUUGUGUGUCUUGUGGGAGCGUUGGGAUUGCGCAAAGUGGGCAAGAUCGGGGCGAAACAGGACUGAUAUAAAAACGCAUUAUUUGCUUGGUUCAACGCGGAAGGAUAUGAUGAGUGUAGG